CCAACAUGUCGCCCAAUGAUAACUUGUGAAGAAGCGACGAGCGGCGGCGGCGGCGGCGGCGGUGGCGGCAGUGGUGAGCGUGGCGGAUCCCGGCGGCACUCGCGGUUUUCUGUGGCACUCUGUGACUCCCCUUGUGCUGUGGUGGAGAGCAGACGGCGGCGGCGGCCAUACAGGUCUCGCUGAAAAUGUCCAUGUUGCCCUUCACGCCGCCCGUGGUGAAGAGACUGCUGAGUUUCAAGAAGGGCGAAGGAGAAGACAAAUGGAGUGAGAAAGCGGUCAAGAGUCUCGUGAAGAAACUCAAGAAGUCUGGGGGUCUGGACGAGCUGGAGACAGCCGUGACCACCGAAGACCCGAACACUCGCUGCAUCACCAUCCCCAGGUCACUGGAUGGGCGGCUGCAGGUGUCCCACCGUAAGGGGCUGCCGCAUGUUAUCUAUUGCCGUUUGUGGCGUUGGCCUGAGCUACAGAGCCACCACGAGUUGCGCGCUCUUGACCACUGCACAUACGCAUUUAACCUCAAAAAGGAGGAGGUUUGCGUCAACCCUUAUCACUACACCAAGAUAGAGGCUCCAGCCUUGCCGGCCAUCCUGGUGCCGCGCGGGAGCAGCAGCAGCAGCAGUAGUAGUGGAGGCGGAGGAGGGGGAGUGGGCGGAUCGGGCUCAGAUCCAGGGUCAGCAGAGGACUUGGGCUCUCUGGCUGAUCUCACGGCUGACAGUGUCAGCGACUCAACUUCCCUGACCUCGGUGGCCCCCACCCUUGAUCCCCAGCCCACUUUCCCCCCAACUGAGUCUCCUCCGCCUGGCUACAUGAGCGAGGACGGCGACAGUCAUGACCUGCCCGAUAUUACAAAUUACUCAGGUGUGUGGAGUUGAUUUGUUGUCCCCAUU